AUGCAUUUUUCGGGGAGUCCCCGGGGACUUUCAGGGGGAGAUUUCACAUUUCAUUUUAUUUUGAUGACAAAACGACGACAAAAACAAGACGUUAUAUCUCCAUCGGUAACAAAUUCUCUAUCAUCAAGUGGUGAGAACGAAGAACAAAUGAGUAAAAAGAUAUGUUUAAAUCCAUGUAUCCGAUUGACUAAGUCAUUUUUCAGUACUGAUUACUUGAAAGUGUGUCGAGAAAUUCUAGGAAAAAUUCUUGUACGACGAUAUUUUGAUAGUGAAACACAGGAAACGACUCUAUUGAAAGGAAGAAUCGUAGAAGUAGAAGCGUAUCCUGGUGGUACAGACAAGGCAUCACAUUCAUACAAUGGUAAAAAAACUGUACGAAAUGAAGCAAUGUAUAUGUGUCCUGGAACGUAUUAUGUUUAUUAUAUUCAUGGACGACAAUGUUGUUUGAAUAUAUCGACACAAGGAGAGGGUACAGCGGUUUUGAUUCGAGCAUUGGAACCAUUAGAAGGCAUCGAACAAAUGAAACGAAAUCGGUUAAAAACAAGUUUAGAACGAAAACGUAAAAAUGAUGAAGAUAAGAAAAAGAACUCUACUCCUUUGUGGGCAACAAAAAAUGAUUUAUUAUGUAAAGGUCCAUGUUGUAUGUGUUCAGCAAUGGGUAUUACAAAAACGGAUCAUAAUCAAAAACAUAUGGAUAGUGAUAACAUUGAUCUUUGGUUUGAAAGUGAUCAUUUAAUAUUGAAUGAUGAUCAAAUUGGUACAUCCACACGAGUUGGAAUUGAUAGUUCAGGAGAGGAAAGCGUAAAGAAACAAUGGAGAUUUUUUAUUCAAAAUAGUCCCUAUGUUAGUGGAAAGAAGACGAUUAUUCAAAUGAAAACAACAAUCACAACUACAACUACAACAACAAGCAAAUAUUUUGAUAAGAUGAACUAG